AAAAAAACCUACCUAUUUCUUCAAUAGAGAUCGCACUCCGUAUGAGAUUCAAGAGAGGGGAAGGGAGAAGCGAAGAGGAUACUUUGGUUUCAAAUCAUGUGAAGGCGAAGGAAGCCGAGGCGAAGGGGAUCUACCAGUCAGUAAGGGGUUUCAGAGGCGGACAUCUUCCGUGGGUUGCUGAAGAGGGUAGUAUCUGUCAACGAGGAUACUUCAAUCCGUUCUCCGUUUCCAGUAGAUUUACUUUGGGAACCAACGGAGUUACUCCAGAUCUGUAGUCUCCUCCUUCUGCCCGACCGGAUGGAAGACAUCUCUUGCGCGAUGACGGUGGUGGCGAAAUCCUACUGUUACGAUGCUAAUCUAUGUCGAGGCCUCGUCAUGAGUGGUUUCCGGUAAUGUAUUUGGUGAUUCUGAUUCUUUUCCUAUUUUGAUAUUUCUUAUGCGAGGAUUUCAGGAUUUUGUUUUAGUCUUGUUUGAUAUGUUCCUAAUUUAUUUGUUAUCACUUCCAACUCCUACACUUUCCUCUCUUCUUCUUAUCCUAUUUAAAUUCUCGAAUUCAUUGCUUUGUUUCUUUUUUUUCUAAUUCUCACAUUUUAUACUUUAUAUUAAUAGAGUAUGCAAAUGAGGUAUACAAUGAAAAAUUGGCAUUCUAUGUGCUAUAAACAAUAGUGUAAAUCUUCUUGUUGCCUCUACACAAGAAUCAAGCGUUGCAAAAGUUGAUAUUGUAUCAUGCCUACGAGAUGCAUAGGGCUGGUAGUUUUGAUUGCCCAGCUUUUUAGUAACAUAACCCUUUCAUUUUUUUAGCAAACACUACUUACUCCUUUUUUGGUUAAACGGGUGGGAGAAGGAAUGUAGGAGAAGAGAGGGGAUGAAAGCAGAACAGUUAAAACGGAGGUAUGUUUGGGAUGUUGGAAAGUAGAAAGGGAAUUUUGGAAAGGAAAGGAAGCAACUGGGAUGAUUCUUAAACAAGCUCGAACUCUUUUUAUUCAUUUAUAUGCUCUGUAUAACUGUAUUAUAUAUAAUAUCAAGGAUGAUUCUUAUAUUGUUUUUCGCCCCAGCUCUUUUCCGCUGAUGGAUUCCACGGUUGGCUUGCGUUCUUUAAUUGUUUUUCUCUAUCGCUGUGUUUAGUUGAAUUACUUUACUGCUCGUGUUUGAAUUUGAGAUCGAGACCAUGAUUUACCGUCAAGAAACCAACAUACGACGAUGUUCGUGUGCGUCUUUACUGUUCAUGUAAAUCGUGAAUUGAUUUUCGUUCGAUUCUUUGGUUAUCUGGCUAACUGGCUUCGAUAUCGUUUCUGAGUACUAGUCCGACCUCGGAUUUGCUGCAACGACCUUAGGAACUCUGUCUUCGUACCAGGUCCCUGAUUUUGGGAAUUCUGAGCUUCGAAUUCUUCUUUUCCCGGUCGUGUGAAGUGCUGCGUUUUUUAUUUUGGUGUGCAGUGUUUUAGCUCUGUAAAAUGAAUUAAAAGAAGACAGGGAAGGGGGAGGCUACGCCCAGGCUUACCAGGUCCAAGGCAUCAGGCUUUGAGGUUUUGAGUAACAUUGAGGAGGACUUCCCUGUGCUUGCUAAAUCUGUCUCGAAACCUGUAGGUGUUAGCUCCGGAACUGCUGCUAUAACUGCUACUUCAUGUGGGCAGGUUGAGCAGACAGACUCCUAUGUAAAUGAGGCUACUGGGGUGUCAAAGCCAUUGAUUUACCAAAAUCUGCUAGUGCCAAGAAGAUUGUGAAUGGGGAGUUUAAUAGAACUCCUGAAAGUAUUGCCAAGGUGCCUGCACAAACUGCUAAGGCAGUUUAUGGGUCUGCUGCGAACAAAACUGCCAAGGCAGUAACUCCAAUACCCUUGGCAGAAACUUCUAAAACAGAUCCCACACCUUGGAGCGCUCUUUUUAAGGAUAACCGUGACCCAAGGCAUGGAAUCAAAUUGAGAUUUAUCCCUCCCAAAGGGGAUACUUUGGACUUUGGGGAUCGUAUAUUGCCUUCCAUGGUUGAAAUGUGGGGUUAUUGCCUAGUUGGACACUUCACCGGAAAUUUCCCCGGGCUCAAAUCGGUGCAUGAUCUUAAAGCUAAGUGGGGUGUCAAAUGCCUCGUGAGGUCCCACAAAAAGGGGUGGUUGAUAUUUAAAUUCCAAAGUGAGGAGGAUAGAUCAAAGGUACUACAUGGUGGACCUUACACCGUGUUUGGGAAACUCUUAAUGCUCAAGGAACUUUCGGAAAACUUCUCAUUUGAAGAUGAGGAGUUUCUUAAAGUUCCAAUUUGGGUCAAGUUCCAUGAUCUACCAUUGCAAUUAUGGAAUGAUGAGGCCAUGAGUAAUGUGGCAUCCAUGGUGGGGAUUCCAAUUACUACCGACAAAAUAACCCAAGAGAGGAUCAACAAUGACUAUGCGAGAGUGUUGAUAGAGGUUGAUAUAUCAAAGCCACCACCGCUAUCGUUUCCUAUACGUCUACCUUCCCAAAAGGUAAUCAAACAAAGUGUGGUUUAUGAAACUUUUCCUAGUUAUUGCUUUCAUUGCAAAGAUUUUGGGCACCACCCAUUUACUUGUAAAAAGUUAGCAAAAUGUGGGGUUGAGGUAGAUAAGGAAAAGGAAAAAAUUGAUGUUGUUGUUGCUGAAAUUGAAGAAGCUGGUACUGAUUUAGGCCGGACAAAAACUGCCCAGGGGUUAAGCCCGACCGGUCCUGCCCCUAACCCGACCGAAUCGCAAGAGGAGCUCUCUGCCAAAGGGGGAAACCCGACCGGGUCCACCACUUACCCGACCGGGUUUGUGCAGCAGGCAGUUUCCCAGAGUUCUGUAGUUACUGCCGAAGGCUCUCCAGGUGUACAAAGGACUUCCGAUGUGCAAAAGACUAGUGUGGAAGAUAAAGAGAGGGUUGUGAUGAAUGAAAAAGACUUGCAUCAACAUGAUGUGGUCACCAAAUGUGAGGUACUAGAUGGUAAGACACUCAAGUUGUUUGUCAAACCGUUUAGAUUUGUGCAUGCUAGCGUGGUUAGAGUGGAUACGUCUCUACGACUUACGGAUGAUUUGGACAAAGAGGGCCUUACUUUCACCGCCAAGUGUCUUGAGGGCCUACCGGGAGUUACAAAGAAGAAAGGGGAGGUUUGCUUUGACUCAAAGUUCACUACCCCUUUUCGCACUUUCUUUGGAUGUUAAAUUAGGGAUACCUAAUUAUUGUUGAGUUAGUUUUUGUAAUAUUGCUUGUGGUCCCUAAAUGAUUGUGUGGGAGCGUGACUCUUGAUUUGUGGUACCCCGUGUAUCGGGAUAUGCACUUUGAUUGUACGCAUGAUGCAUUGUACUAUGCUAUUUUUCUGGAUAUAUAUACAUUUACAUUUUAUCAAAAAAAAGGAUGAUUCUUAUAUGCUCAUUUCGGAAGUUUUAAUCAACUGUUUUAUUAGAAAUUUUCCUUUUUCCUAUCCUUUUCUUCUCCUUUUCACAUCUAAUUAUUGUUAUGAAAUUCCCAUCUUUUGAAUCAUUAAAACGAUUUACAGAAGUAGCGAAUUGUUCUUGUUACAGAACAAUUACGCAGAGAUGACUAGUGUUGUUGUUGAUGAAUCGUCAGGAACUCCAAUCAGGCUUAAGGUUAUUGUUUUUAUUUCCAUUCAAGAAAGCUUUAAUUUUUUCCCUUUUGUGAAUGUUUGAAAUGAUGUCAUUUGAAAAUAAUCAAAAAGGGUUUUCGAAUUUCACGGGAAACCGAUAGGAACGACAGUAUGCUUCUUUCUCGAGCUUGGUUCUCUCGUGGCUUGGAAUAGCAUGCUCACCAUAGGAGAUUACUAUUAUCAGUUAUUUCCUAAUUAUCAUCCAUCAAGGGUGCUACCCCAGUUUAUCAACCUUUUUCAAUUGGAACAAUGGCAAUACUUGCAUAUAAAGAUGAAAAGAUCAAUACUAGGAUCAGAAAUUUAGCAGGGUAUACCCUGUCCAGACUGGCCACCUUUUCACUCCUAAUGGUAUAUAUUCAUUGUUAAAUCUUUCAUUCCAUUCUCAUAAGUUUUGAUGUGUUUUUUAAGACCAUAUUGAUGUGUAGUUCAUUCAAAUUGAUGCAAUUGGAUUUAGGCACAUUUGGGAAGGGUGGGAUUGGAAAUUUUAUGGGAAUUUGUGUUCUUGUUGCAUUCUUUGGAGUUGUUGAUGCCAUUGUUCAGGGUGGACUUGCUAGAGACCUUUCUCUCAUGUGCCCUGAAUUCCUCCAGUCAUACUUAGCUGGUUUAGCUGCUUCACGAGCGCUUACUUCUGUUUUGAGGUUGGUGACGAAAGCUGCUUUCGAAGGCUCCAACAAUGGUCUCCGGAAGGGAGUUAGUAAGUUUCACUUCCUGGUAUUGCACAUCCUUAGAUUAAACCAUUGGGUUUGAAUCUUAGUUAUACUAAUGUCUUAUGUAGUUCUGUUUCUGGCAAUCUCCACAUUCUUUGAAUUCAUAUGCAGCUUCUGUGAAUUCUCUAUGGACUUGUCUUCCCAAAAUUACCUAUUGUGAAGUACUAUCGCUCAAAGGCAGCUUCUGAGGGAUUAAAAUUUUCUUUAAAGAUUGAAACUUUUUCUUUUCUUGUUCUUAUAUAGGGAUCGGAGGCAAAUGCAUUGGGGAAUAUUCUUGUUUCGUGCCUUCUUGCUAGCAUAUUAUCUAGAAUGGCUCUUGAUUGGUUGUGGCUAAUUGGCAAAGGCCAUUUCUGAGGAGUGAGCAUUUCUUUUACAUCAAUAUGUUGAUGUAAGCCUAUGUAGUUGGCUUUCUAAAAAGAUUUGAUGUAUGAUGAAUGGUUAUUUUAAAGCUAUGUUAGAAAUCUGAUUUUGCAUAUUUCAAAAUAUUGUUAAAGCGGAGAUCAGUUAACAUAUUAAUGAGUAAUUCAACUUCUACAUUUUUGUUUUCUAGAUAUUUCAACAUGUAGGUAUUCAUUUGUACUUUUUAUUCUAUCAAAAUAUUAAUAACAAUUAUAGUUAA